UCCCUCGACUCAGCAACUUUUUUUGUCGUCAUCGCCAUGGCUCCACUUGGGGCGGGCGCACUGCCGCUGUUGGAGGAGCAGAAGCUUCCGAAGCUUCCAGAGUGGGGGAAGUCUUUGGCAGAUUUUGAUGGGACCAGUUUCGGGCCCGAAUACCUGAGCUUCAAAGAAGGGGAGGAGCUGGGAGUUUUUAAAGCCAAAGAAGCGGCGGGUUGGGCCUACGGUGUGCUCAAGUCCGACCAGGAGGGCUGGUUUCCUCCAGACUUCUGGAGUCCGAAAGGAGCCAAUCAACUUGCUCCUCCACGAACUUGCGGUUUGCACAUUGCAGCAGAUCGCGAGGAGGCCAAAGGGCCAACCAAAGCAGCCCCCGCUGCGCCAACCCCAGCGCCCACGGCAGAGACGGUGCUGGCAGAUGGUGUGGUCAAGAUCUUCUUCCCUGAGCGGCGCUAUGGUUUUAUCGACUGCAAUGGCUUGG